UGGAUUAAAAGGACACGAUUUGGCUGAUUUGAGGCCUUCAGGAGCGCGACGGCCAGUAAAAAAUUCGUCGCGCGUUGAAAUCGACAAUCAUUGUAUCAAGUUAGCUGUGAUUUUCACGAAGUCGAAUUUGCGUAUUAAAUGCGAGUUUUUCUGGUGCAAAAUUUGCAUUUCCGAUGACUCACCUGCAUUGUUCUAACUAAUGGGAUUUCGGUGUAAUGCGACCUUCACAGGUGUUUAUGUUUGAGCUGUCACCGUUGUGUCACAAUUAAAAACGAACAGCUUUUAUCUUUUAAUUCCUUAUGUUGCGUAGUUUUGAUUAAGAGACUUUCGUAAUUGUUCAGCAAGAAUCCCGUCCACUGGAAAAUGUCAAAAAAAUUCGAAACGUCAUGAACAAGAUGGGCACCAAAGACUACAAAUAUGGUAUAUUCAUUCAAAAUGACCUGAUCAACGAAAUGAAGGCAGGUCAACAUCAACGAACGGCCCUUUUGGGCCAGAUUGUGAAAAUCGAAGCCAUCCUCGGGAGCGGUAAAAUGUCAAUUCGUUUUCUUAAGGACGGGGAGACGUGGGAGAGCACGACUUUCUGUUGUCGACAACAAAGCAUUGUGGAAGUCCACGAGAAGCUCUGGCAAUAUUUGUACGCGGUGACGUCGCCGCAAGAACGCGUCAAGUUAGCGAAAAAUAAAGAGCGCUGUGACAAGCUGAGUAACAUCACGAAAGACAUCACUGUGGGGUUCACGGACACCGAUGGCGUCCAGUUGGGGACGACCAGGUUUCUGGGGAAAGUGCACGGAGUGGGACACUGCGUAGGAAUCAAAUUACACCAAAAGAAAAAAGACAACAAGUGUGAUGGCUCCUGUGCCGGCAUUCAGUACUUCCAGUGCUUACCUGGGUACGGGGUUUUCACGACAAUCGACCGAAUCGUCCUCCAAAAUAGUCCUCUCAUCACGAACAAAGAGGCUCCCAAAGACAGCGAGUUAGAGCGAUGUUUAGAAAAAAACGUCUCCAAUUUUUCUAAACCGAAAUACGAAGAAAUCGUUACGAAAUUUGGCGAGUAUGAUCAAAAAGUGAACGUCUCUCCAAAGAACUCCACUCAAUUGAGGAGCUCGCUCUCGUUGCAAAAUAUCCUAGACGCCGAAAGUUUGACUGCCAAUUCGAAUAACGAUUUUGAUCAAAAUUCGAUCAUCCAGCCUGACAGGUCCCAGCUUCUUAACGAAAAAAAGGCGAAAAUGAAAUCGGAGAUGGACUUGAGCGAUAUUAUAGGGACUUCCUGGCACGGGGCUACGGACGCUAAAGAGUUGGAGAAGUUCUCGAAUUUGAAUAAAACUCUAGACAGAGGCGAACACGAGAAGAACGGCUACAGGGAGAGCAGCAGAAGCAACAGGAACAAAAGCGUGAAUAUUUUGUCACACUUUUACGACAGUACUUUACCUAAAAGGAACAAAGUUAGUCAGGCCUCGGCGAAAUUCUACGACACGACCCUCCCCAGAGCCGUCAACGGUGUCAAGAACGGCCAUUCCUCGACCCAGGAAGACACGAAACAAAUUAACGAAAAAAGUGAGAAGCAAGCGACCGCAUCGGCUGCGCAAAACCUCUCCGAUAAACCCAAGUAUCAUACGCCUAAACCGGGCACCAGCAAAGACUUAACGCUCGGGAGUUUAGUCGAGGUUUCCAACGACGUGACCGACCAGCCCCUUUAUGGCGUCGUCAAGUGGAUGGGGGCUGAGAACGGCACGAAUUUCGUGCUAGUGGGGGUCGAACUCGAAGAGGAACACAACGAUCUGCCUUUGACACUCACCGAUGGCACCCACAACGGGGACAGGUACUUCAAGUGCGCGGAGAACAGGGCGCUUUUCGUUCCCUUGGAUCAGUGCCACCAGGACUCCAGGUUCCAGGACGGGCUCCCGACGCCGGUGCACCAGGCGGCAGAACCAAAUUUCCAAGCUGUAAGAAACAAUAGAACAGAGUUACGAUCGAUUUCAAUGAUGGAAUGUCCGGUGAUAGAGGGCGCUGUGGCGCCCCUCUGCAUGCCCACCGAAGAGGACGUCGAAGCCGUCUGCGGCAAAUUCCGUGGCAUCCAAGGCCACCACAACUCCUGUUACCUCGACGUCACUCUCUUCUCUAUGUUUACCUACACGGCAGUAUUCGACAGUUUAUUGUUUCGACCGAAAGGACCAAGAGACAUCCACGAAUACAACGAGGUUCAAAGGGUUUUGCGCGAAGAGAUCGUCAACCCUCUCCGUAAAAACCUCUUCGUCCGAGCCGACCACGUGAUGCGUUUGAGGCGCUUAUUAGAUAAACUAAGUUCGGUGUCUGGUCUAACCAGCGAGGAGAAGGAUCCAGAGGAGUUUCUGAAUUCGCUUCUGGCACAAAUACUCAAGGCUGAACCCUUUUUGAAGUUGAAUUCGGGCCAGGAGGCGUUCUAUUACCAGCUGUUCGUGGAAAAGGACGCGGAUUUGACGUUACCGACGGUGCAGCAGCUGUUCGAGCAGAGUUUCCUCACCAGCAAUAUCAAACUGAAGGAAGUCCCGUCGUGUCUCAUCAUCCAGAUGCCCAGGUUCGGAAAGAACUACAAGAUGUAUCCCAGGAUUUUGCCGUCGCAGCUUUUGGAUGUCACUGACGUCAUACAGGGUUCUCCUCGUCAGUGUAUUGUUUGCGGCAAGUUGGCUAGGUGGGAGUGCCAGGAGUGCUUCGACGACUGCAGCAACGCGGGUUUGGAAAGUACGGCGUUCUGCUCCAAGUGCUUGGAAACUGCUCACCGACACGAACGUAGGGCCCACCACAGACCCGUGCAGCUGGAAGUGUGCGACGAUUUCUCUAUGUUGGAAGAUCACUGUCGCCCUCCUCGACUUUUUAUGGAACUAUUUGCUGUGAUUUGUAUCGAAACUUCGCACUACGUGGCUUUCGUCAAAUGUGGGGUCGGGCACGAGGCUCCCUGGUGCUUUUUCGACUCGAUGGCGGAUCGAAAAGGGGAGAAAAACGGUUAUAAUAUACCGGAAAUGGUGGCUUGCCCCGACAUCUCGCGAUGGUUAUCCGACGAGAGGAUCUGUCGCCAGUUGCACGAAGACUUCCCGCAGGAUCGACACUUACCUGAACAUGCUCGCAGAUUGUUAUGUGAUGCAUAUAUUUGUAUGUACCAAAGCUCCGACGUCAUGAUGUACAGAUAGAUUGUAAAUUUAAAACGACUGAUUUUUACUAGAAUUAUUUAUUUCUGUUAUAGAACUUACUUUACUUUGUUACAAAACUUAUAUUAUUUAAGAAUUAAAAGUAUAAUGCUUGUUAUCUUCAGUAUUGUUAACUAUAUCACUUUGUUAUUUUCGUCGUAAAGUAGAGUGGAAGUGUCAUGACAAUGUGCCUUGCCUGCUGAUUUGCUAACAAUCGUAAAUGGCAAAACCAAACGCACGUCGGCUUUUUCUAAAUCAAAUACAAAGUGAUAUGGCAUUUAUUAAAACGCGAUCCCUUGGAUCGGUACGAUUUUCAUGCUAACAAAAAUCGUACUGGCUCAAAUAACCCCACCACGUGAAUAUUCACUCAUUUGAAUCUAUAAAAUAGAACUUACUGGAGUAUUUUUUGUAGAAAGUUUAUUUUUAUUGUUAAAAAGGUCAGAGGGACGAAAUAAAUCCUAGCAAUCA